UCCAUUCAAGCGUCGGCAGCACGGCGCUUCUUGGUUCCCAUGGGCUGUGGCCGUGCGCAGUGCAAGCGGUCAUUUCGACUGACACCCUUGUUCUGCCGCUGCGGCCUGGAGUUCUGUUCUGAGGCUUGCUUCGUGUCUGCUUGGCACAAUGAGCACCAGCUCUCCUGCCCAUUUGCAGCGCAGAUCAAGGAGGGUCUGCAGAAGGCAUCUAGUGAGCGCAGCGGUACAGGUCAGUUGGUUGCAUUGGCGUUGUCGAAGACUCGCCCUGAGGUGAUUGACAAGAGCUUGCCAGUAGAGGUGGCCACCGUAAACGGGACGGCAACUCCUCCCACUGCUCCUGCAGCAAAGGCGAACAGUUCAGGCAGCUCGCGUCCCGGUACAAGUGCGAGAGGCAACAUGAUGCUUGCUCAGAUCGAACGAUGGCGCCGCGAGAGCGCUGACAGCUUUGAGACGGUCGCGCGGUUGCAGGGUUAG